ACUGAAACUGUCAAAACCAUGAAAUUCAAUUUCAAAAUACAAAAUUAUGUAUGAACAUUAUUUAAUUUUAAACGAUAACUUGCUUCAAUUUGGAAGUAAGGAAGGCAAUAGCGUAUUUAUUUACUACUAAAUUAUAUUAUAUAUACUAGCUUCUGGAGUUCAGGAAUGUAUAAACGUUUUGAUCAAUAUAACCUUGUGGUUACCUAACAAAUUUUUUUUGAAUGGCUGUACUUUGUUAUUAUUAAAAUUUAUAGCGUAGAUAAUUAGUAAGCAAACAUCGCAACUUUAUCACACUACUUAAGGCAUUCGGAGGGUUUGUGUGACAUUGAAUUGCAUUUAAUUUUGUUUAAAAAUGCCCGAGCGCGAAGUGGAUUUUUACCGAGAGACAUGGGUUCGCUAUUUAGGCUAUGCUAAUGAAGUGGGGGAGUCAUUCAGAGCAAUGGUGCCACUGCGAGUGGUGCAAGCCAGCUACGCUCUUGCCACUGGAUAUGUACUGGCCGAUACUGCGGACAAGAGUUGGAAAAUGAUUAAGAAAGAUGGCAGACCAAAGAAAGUUCUUAUAGAAACUGGUGAUGCUCUGAUUUGGCAAACAUUAGCAUCUGUUGUAAUACCCGGAUAUGCCAUUAACAGAAUAUGUCACCACAGUCAAAUAUAUUUCAAGAAGCAUUAUACCAGGUUUCCGAUGCUUGCUAUAAAUUUAAUGACAGUUGGUGUGGGUUUAAUAUCCAUACCGUUUAUAGUACAUCCUAUAGAUAAUGGUGUAACAAUUUUAAUGGAUCUGACAUAUAGACGAUGGUUUAAAUAACCUUAGUUAUUUCUUUAUUAUACAGUUAAACGCUUAUGACAUUGGAGAGAUCGGAAAUGUACCUAAUAUCCUGUCUGUUCAUACAUAAUCAGCUCACUAAACGUCCCCACCGAGGGGCUUGGAGCCCUAAGUUAAGGGUGAUUAGGCCAUAGUCAAC